GAUUGGGGACAUAGUUGUGUGCUCUUGUCUGAUUGGCUGAACAUCUUGUCAGAAUACCGGCUCUACUGGAGCGGUCUGUUCUGCUGUCGCUUCAACAUCAUUCCGCUUACUGCUGUCCUCUCUGGUUCUGUCGUGGGUUUUUAUCCUUAAACAGAAGAUGUCUCAGAAGAUCAAGGCCGGCUCCGUGGUGGAGAUGCAGGGAGAUGAGAUGACUCGGGUCAUCUGGGAGCUGAUUAAGGACAAACUGAUUUUCCCAUACCUAGAACUGGACCUGCACAGCUUUGACCUUGGCAUGGAGAGCCGAGAUGCAACAGAUGACCAGGUGACUGUUGAAGCAGCAGAGGCAGUCCGGCGCUACAACGUGGGGAUUAAGUGUGCCACCAUCACACCGGACGAAAAUCGUGUAGAGGAGUUCAAGCUGAAGAAGAUGUGGCGAUCUCCCAACGGGACCAUCCGGAACAUCCUCGGAGGCACGGUGUUCAGGGAGGCCAUCAUCUGCAAAAACAUCCCGCGCCUGGUGUCCGGCUGGGUGAAGCCCAUCAUCAUCGGCAGGCAUGCGCACGGAGACCAGUACAAAGCCACUGACUUUGUAGUGCCUGGGCCUGGAAAAGUAGAGAUGAUCUACACACCCACGAAUGGAGAGCCAGUCAAAUAUGUCGUCCAUGAGUUUGAAGGCACAGGUGGUGUGGCUUUGGGAAUGUACAACACUGAUAAGUCCAUCCGAGACUUCGCCCACAGCUCCUUCCAGAUGGCUCUGUCCAAAGCCUGGCCUCUAUACCUCAGCACCAAGAACACCAUCCUGAAAAAGUAUGACGGUCGCUUCAAGGACAUCUUCCAGGAAAUCUAUGAGAAGGAAUAUCGCGCUCAGUUUGAGGCCAAAGGUAUCUGGUAUGAGCACCGACUCAUAGAUGACAUGGUGGCUCAGGCCCUAAAAUCAGAGGGAGGUUUCAUUUGGGCCUGCAAGAACUAUGAUGGGGAUGUACAGUCUGAUUCUGUGGCACAAGGGUACGGUUCUUUGGGCAUGAUGACCAGCGUUCUGAUAUGUCCUGAUGGACGCACAGUGGAGGCUGAAGCCGCCCAUGGCACAGUGACUCGCCACUACAGACAGCAUCAGCAGGGCAAAGAAACGUCCACCAACCCCAUAGCCUCCAUCUUUGCAUGGACGCGGGGUCUGCUCCACCGGGCAAAGCUCGACAACAACGCAGAGCUCCGGGUGUUUGCUGAGGCUCUGGAGGCUGUCUGCAUCGAAACCAUCGAGGCUGGUUUCAUGACCAAGGACUUGGCUAUCUGCAUCAAAGGCUUGCCAAACGUGACACGCAGCGACUACUUGAACACCUUUGAGUUCCUGGACAAGUUGGCAGAGAACCUGAAGAUAAAGCUGGCUAACCAACCCAAACUGUGAUUCCUACAUCCCAGCUGCAGCACUUACACACAGACACACACAGUUACCCAUGCACACAGGGAUAUCUUUACAGAAACUGGAGUUAUUGGCCAAGUAGGGAGGAGUGUGCUCUGGACUCCAGGAGAUCUUAGCAGUAGCUAAGGGUUGAUCAAGGAGAGUGCCUUGUCCACAAGAGUCAACCAUCCCUCAUGCUGCAUCAGAACUUCAUUACACAGACAUUAACCGUCUCCAGGAACUAAUACGGGCUGUGACCUUAAGGCUCGGUGUCCUUCUGAUUGCACUAGCUCCCUGACGUCUGUUUUUAGUAUAUAAUGCUGAUCUGUGUUGGAUGGCUGGUGGGUAAGAUAGUUGUAAGGGAGCCUCUGGACCGUCAUUGCCUUACUCGUUUUUUGUUAAAAUCAUGAGUUGAGUCUGGUCAUCUCCUUUGUCUUGUAGCAUUUUACGAAUACCCCAGGCUACAUUGUGAUGCCUGAGUUCCAGAAAAGCACAGCACGGUCACUAAAAGGACUUCUUAGUUUUUAGCUAAAUGAAUAAACAUUCUAUGAAUUUUUUUUUAAUGCAAUGCAGAAUACAUAAUAUACUUUAUAGAUUUGAAGAGUUCUAACUCAUUAACAUUGUUUGUAAACUCCCUACUUAUAACCAAUAAAAACUCUGAAAUGUUCAACUAAAUACAUGAAUUUAGAUUUUGUUCUCAUCUUAACUUGAAGAGAUGUAUUUAUUUGCCAAUUCCUUGAUGUUGUGUGUGUAGGUGUGUGUGUGCAUCAACAGUAACAUUCAUGUAAUAAAUGCGAGCCUGCCAAAAACGA